AUGGCUACUUUCGAGGUCGGGACACGUUGUUGGUAUCCCAACAAGGAACAAGGAUGGAUCGGAGCAGAGGUCACCAAGAACGAUUUCAAAGAUGGUAAACAUUACUUACAACUAACCACGGAAGAAUCCCAGAUCAUCGACGUGGAAGCUACUGAUUUAAAUGAUGAAAAAAAUUCUAAUUUACCAUUAUUAAGAAACCCACCAAUAUUAGAAUCCACUGAAGAUCUAACUUCUUUAUCUUAUUUGAAUGAACCGGCCGUGUUACAUGCUAUCAAACAACGUUAUGCUCAAUUAAACAUAUAUACAUAUUCUGGUAUAGUCUUGAUCGCUACUAAUCCAUUCGAUAGAAUGGAUCAAUUGUAUUCUCAAGAUAUGAUUCAAGCUUAUUCAGGUAAGAGAAGAGGUGAAAUGGAACCACAUCUUUUCGCUAUCGCGGAGGAAGCUUAUAGUUUAAUGAAACAUGAUAAACAAAAUCAAACCAUCGUUGUGAGCGGUGAAUCUGGGGCUGGUAAAACUGUCUCUGCUAAAUAUAUAAUGCGUUAUUUCGCAUCUGUGGAAGAAGAAAAUUCAUCAAAUAUGGGAAAUUUACAACAUCAAGCUGAAAUGUCUGAAACGGAAGAGAAAAUAUUGGCUACUAAUCCAAUCAUGGAAGCAUUUGGGAAUGCAAAAACCACGAGGAAUGAUAAUUCUUCCCGGUUUGGGAAAUAUUUGGAAAUUUUAUUCGAUAAAGAGACCUCCAUUAUUGGGGCCAAAAUUAGAACAUACCUUUUGGAAAGAUCAAGAUUGGUUUAUCAACCAAAAAGUGAAAGAAAUUAUCAUAUCUUUUAUCAAAUUUUAGCUGGGUUACCUCAAGAUAUUAAAACUCAAUUAUAUUUAACAAAAGCUGAAGAUUAUUUUUAUAUGAAUCAAGGUGGUGAAACUAAAAUUAAAGGUAUGGAUGAUGCAAGGGAAUAUCAAAUCACUGUAGAAGCUCUUUCGUUAGUUGGAAUUGAUACAACUACUCAACAUCAUAUUUUCCAAAUCCUUGCAGCACUAUUACAUAUUGGUAAUAUUGAAAUUAAAAAGACUAGAAAUGAUGCUUCUUUAUCUUCAGAUGAUAAAAGUUUGAAAAUUGCAUGUGAAUUAUUAGGAAUUGAUCCUUCAAAUUUCGCUAAAUGGAUUACCAAAAAGCAAAUUAUUACCAGAUCAGAAAAAAUUGUCUCCAAUUUGAAUUUCGGUCAAGCCCUAGUGGCAAGAGAUUCUGUUGCUAAAUUUAUAUAUUCUGCCAUGUUUGAUUGGUUAGUGACAAAUAUUAACACGGUCCUUUGUAAUCCAGAUGUGAUAGAUCAAGUAAAGUCAUUCAUCGGUGUCCUUGAUAUCUAUGGGUUCGAACAUUUCGAGAAAAACUCAUUUGAACAAUUUUGUAUUAACUAUGCAAACGAAAAAUUACAACAAGAAUUUAAUCAACACGUUUUCAAAUUAGAACAAGAAGAAUACGUCAAAGAGGAAAUUGAAUGGUCAUUCAUUGAAUUUAACGAUAAUCAACCAUGUAUCGAUUUAAUUGAAAAUAAAUUAGGUAUAUUAUCUCUAUUAGAUGAAGAGAGUAGAUUACCUGCGGGAUCUGAUGAAUCUUGGACACAAAAAUUAUAUCAAACUUUAGAUAAACCACCCACUAACAAAGUCUUCUCUAAACCUCGUUUUGGUCAAACGAAAUUUGUCGUGAGCCAUUAUGCUCUUGAUGUCUCUUAUGAUACUGAAGGAUUCAUUGAAAAAAAUAGAGAUACUGUUUCUGAUGGCCAUUUAGAAGUCCUAAAGGCCUCUACCAAUGCAACAUUAAUUAAUAUAAUAGAUAGUAUGGAAAGAGAAGCUCAAAAACUGGAAGAUGCAAAGAAAGCUGAACAAGAAGCUAAUAAUGCAAAAUCAAUGCAGAAAAAAAAACCAGGUCCAAUGAGGGGAACUUCUCAUAAGAAACCAACUUUAGGAUCUAUGUUUAAAGUUUCAUUGAUUGAAUUAAUGCAAACUAUAAAUUCAACAAAUGUUCAUUAUAUUCGUUGUAUUAAACCAAAUGGUGAAAAGGAAGCAUGGAAAUUUGAUAAUAUCAUGGUUUUGUCUCAAUUACGAGCUUGUGGUGUCUUAGAGACAAUUAGAAUUUCAUGUGCUGGUUUCCCAUCUAGAUGGACUUUCAAUGAAUUUGUAUUAAGAUAUUAUAUUUUAAUAUCUCCAAAUGAAUGGUCACAAAUUUUCCAAAAUCAUAAUUCCACAGAAAAUGAUGUCAUUGAAUUAUGUAAAAAGAUUCUUGCAGCAACAGUUCAAGAUAAAGAAAAAUAUCAAAUUGGUAAUACGAAAAUUUUCUUUAAAGCUGGGAUGUUAGCAUAUUUGGAAAAUUUAAGAACCGCUAAGAUGGAUAAGGCAAUCAUUUUGAUUCAAAAACAUAUUAGAUCCAAAUAUUACCGUAAACAUUAUCUAUCAGUGAAAAAAUCCAUAUUAGAUGUUCAAAGUACCGUUAGAGGUAAAUUAGCCCGUCUUAGAACAGAACACGGUUUCCAAGUUCAAUCUGCUAUUGCCAUUCAAACAAUAUAUAGAGGUUAUUCGAAACGUGCGUACGUUCAUAAUAUUAUUGCAUCGAUUAAAAGAAUACAAAUUCAAGUCAGGAAGGAAUUACAACUUCGGGAAAUGCAAACUAAACAUGAAUUGGAUGCUGCAAUUACUAUUCAAAGUAAAAUUAGAUCAUUUAUUCCAAGAUAUACAUAUGAAAAUACAAGAAAAAACACCAUUGUGGUUCAAUCUUUAAUUAGAAGACGUAUUGCUAGAAGAACUUUGAAACAAUUGAAAUCUGAUGCUAAGAGUGUUUCUCAUUUGAAAGAAGUUAGUUAUAAAUUGGAAAAUAAAGUCAUUGAAUUGACACAAAAUUUGGCAAUGAAAGUGAAAGAAAAUAAGACAUUAUCUGCAUCAUUGGAAGAAUUACAAAAGAAAGUUGCAUUGACUAAUGAAUUACAAUUAGCAUUGGAACAAAAGAAACAAGAACAUUUGAAAGAUUUAGAUGAUCAAAGAAUUGAAUUUAUUGAAAAGACUAAAGAUUUAAAUGCACAAUUGGAAUCUGCUAAUAAACAAAUGGAAGAUGCUCAAUUAGAAAUUGCCAAUAUUAAAGCACAACAUGAACAAUUAAAGGAAGAUGCGGGUAAACAAUUACAAGAAUUAGAUGAAACGAAGAAACAACUUGCUGAUGCUAAUACAAGAAAUACAGAUAUGUACAAUGAGAUUAAAUCUUUGAAAGAAGAAGUUACACGUUUACAAACUGCCAUCACAUUGGGUACCGUGACAACAAAUACAAACUUAUUACCACAAACUCCAUCUAAGGAAUCCAAGAUUAAUCAUACACAUAUUAUGACAGAAAGUAAUUUGUCUCCAGGUCAUUUGAAUUCUAUGCCGAUCAAUGGUAUUCAAGAAGAUGUCUCUAGUAUUAAUGGAAUUGGUAUUGAAAAUGAUAAGAAUGUUAGUACAGAGGCUAAUAAUUUGACGCAAAUCAAUGAAGAGUUAUAUAGAUUAUUGGAAGAAACUGAUGUGUUAAACAAUGAAAUUACCGAGGGUCUAUUGAAGGGAUUCCAAGUACCUGAUGCAGGUGUUGCCAUUCAAUUGAGUAGAAGAGAUGUUGUUUAUCCAGCAAGAAUCUUAAUUAUCGUAUUAAGUGAAAUGUGGAGAUUUGGGUUAACUAAACAAAGUGAGAGUUUCCUAGCUCAAGUCUUGACAACGAUACAAAAAGUUGUUACUACUUUGAAGGGGAAUGAUUUAAUCCCCAGUGGUGUAUUUUGGUUAGCAAAUGUUCGUGAAUUAUAUUCAUUUGUUGUGUUUGCUCAACAUUCCAUUUUGACAGAAGAAUCUUUCAAGAAAGGUAUGAAUGAUGAUGAAUAUAAUGAAUAUGUUUCCCUAGUCACUGAAUUGAAAGAAGAUUUUGAAUCUUUAAGUUAUAAUAUUUAUAAUAUUUGGUUGAAGAAAUUACAAAAGGAAUUGCAAAAGAAAGCCAUUCAUGCGGUUGUAUUAUCUGAAUCAUUACCUGGAUUUAAUACUAAUGAAUCCAAUGGAUUUUUAAACAAGUUAUUUACAUCAAAUGAAGAAUAUACCAUGGAUGAUAUAUUAACAUUUUUCAAUAGUAUAUUUUGGUGUAUGAAAUCUUUCCAUGUUGAGAAUGAAGUUUUCCGUACAGUGGUCAUUACAUUAUUAAAUUAUGUGGAUGCCAUUUGUUUCAAUGAUUUAAUUAUGAAACGUAAUUUCUUAUCAUGGAAACGUGGGUUACAAUUGAACUAUAAUGUUACAAGAUUGGAAGAAUGGUGUAAGACUCAUGGAUUACCAGAUGGAGCCCAAUAUUUACAACAUUUAAUUCAAACUGCCAAAUUAUUACAAUUGAGGAAAUAUUCUAUUGAAGAUAUUGAUAUUGUUCGUGGAAUUUGUUCAUCCUUAUCACCAUCACAAUUACAAAAAUUAAUUUCACAGUAUCAUGUUGCAGAUUAUGAAUCCCCAAUACCACAAGAUAUUUUGAAAUAUGUUGCUGAUAUUGUUAAACAUGAUACUACAAUUGAUGCUGAUGGUAAAUUACAAAAUGAUAUUUUCAUUCAUCCUGAAACUGGACCAUUUAAUGAUCCAUUUGUUGAAGUUAAGACGAGAAAAUUUGAUCAAGUGGAAGCAUAUAUUCCAUCAUGGUUAAUUUUACCUACUACAAAAAGAAUUGUUGAUCUUGUUGCGCAACAAGUCACUGUACCAGGGGCAUGA